GGGAGGCGGUGGCGGUGGCGGCGGCGAGCGCUCCGGCAGGAUGCUGGCACUCGGGCUUCGCUGCUCUCUGGAUCCUGCUCAACUUCUAUCCCAAGCGCAGGAGCUUUGAAGUCGUUUGUCCCUCUCCGGCUGGAUUGACUUCUUAUUUUGAUAUUUUGGGCGUUGCGGUUUGCGCAGGAACCUCAAUACCGCUCUCCCCCCUCCCUCUCUGUCAACCUUUGGAUGCGUCUGUGCUGGCAGAUUUAAAGACCCAAGUCUCGGCUGUGGAAUUUCUUAGAUGGACUUGCUGGGGCUGGCGUUACAAAGCAUGUCACCGUAACCCCGUCCUUUUUUUUUUUUUUUUUAAGUUCUUUUGUUCUUAUUUUUCCCUUCCUCCGCCCCCCCACCCCCAAUAAAUCACCAAACUGUUACCUAGCGGGCCGGUGCCUGCCUCUCUUCCAGAACUAGGUGGUGCGUCUGCCAGAAGAUGAGCUAUGUUUGAGGAGCAGCCUACUCCACCCCUCUCCUCUUCAGUCCCCGAAUGCCACCACACACUGGCAUUUUGAGAAAAAAAAAAUUGUCUUCAGAAACUGAGCACCCCCAAGCCCUCCCCCCGUUUUUCUCCUUCUUGAGGAAUGGAGCUUCGCAGAGGUUGUAUUUAGAUUCAACAGUUCGGAGCGGCGGGGCUGCUGCCGCCGCCUCUUCCAAGAGCUCGCGAGGCUCCCCGGAGGCGGUGGUCCCCGCGCUCGUCUGGAUGCGGCUCUGAGUCUCCGUGUGUCUUUCUGCUUGUUGCUGUGUGCGGGUGUUCGGCCGCGAUCACCUUUGUGUGUCUUCUGUCUGUUUAAACUUCAGGAUGGCUCGCUUCGGGGAGGCGGUGGUCGGCAGGCCGGGGUCGGGCGAUGGAGACUCGGACCAGAGCAGGAACCGGCAAGGAACCCCGGUGCCGGCCUCCGGGCCGGCGGCCGCCUACAAGCAGUCGAAAGCGCAGAGGGCGCGGACUAUGGCUUUGUACAACCCCAUUCCUGUCCGGCAGAACUGUUUCACCGUCAACAGAUCCCUGUUCAUCUUCGGAGAAGAUAACAUUGUCAGGAAAUACGCCAAGAAGCUCAUCGAUUGGCCGCCGUUUGAGUACAUGAUUUUGGCCACCAUCAUUGCCAACUGCAUUGUCUUGGCCCUGGAACAGCAUCUUCCUGAGGAUGACAAGACCCCGAUGUCCCGCAGACUGGAGAAGACGGAACCAUAUUUCAUUGGGAUCUUUUGCUUUGAAGCUGGUAUCAAAAUUGUGGCCCUGGGGUUCAUCUUCCAUAAGGGCUCGUACCUCCGCAAUGGCUGGAAUGUCAUGGACUUCAUCGUGGUCCUCAGUGGCAUCCUGGCCACGGCAGGAACCCACUUCAACACACACGUGGACCUGAGGACCCUCCGGGCUGUGCGUGUCCUGAGGCCCCUGAAGCUCGUGUCGGGGAUACCUAGCCUGCAGAUUGUGCUGAAGUCCAUCAUGAAGGCCAUGGUGCCUCUUCUGCAAAUUGGUCUUCUGCUCUUCUUUGCCAUCCUGAUGUUUGCUAUCAUUGGCUUGGAGUUCUACAGUGGGAAGUUGCACCGUGCGUGUUUCACAAACAAUUCAGGUAUUCUGGAAGGAUUCGACCCCCCUCACCCGUGUGGUGUGCAGGGCUGCCCCGCUGGUUACGAAUGCCGGGACUGGAUUGGCCCCAACGAUGGGAUCACCCAGUUUGAUAACAUCCUUUUUGCUGUGCUGACCGUCUUCCAGUGCAUCACCAUGGAAGGGUGGACCACCGUGCUGUACAAUACCAAUGAUGCCUUAGGAGCCACCUGGAACUGGCUGUACUUCAUCCCCCUCAUCAUCAUUGGAUCCUUCUUUGUUCUCAACUUAGUUCUGGGAGUGCUCUCCGGGGAAUUUGCCAAAGAGAGAGAGAGAGUGGAGAACCGGAGAGCGUUCAUGAAACUGCGGCGGCAGCAGCAGAUUGAGCGCGAGCUGAAUGGGUACCGCGCCUGGAUAGACAAAGCAGAGGAAGUCAUGCUUGCCGAAGAAAAUAAAAAUGCUGGGACGUCAGCCUUAGAAGUGCUUCGAAGGGCAACCAUCAAAAGGAGCCGGACGGAGGCCAUGACUCGGGACUCCAGCGAUGAGCACUGCGUGGACAUCUCCUCUGUGGGCACCCCUCUCGCCCGAGCCAGCAUCAAAAGUACAAAGGUGGACGGGGCCUCCUAUUUCCGGCACAAAGAAAGGCUUCUGCGCAUCUCUAUCCGCCACAUGGUUAAAUCCCAGGUGUUCUACUGGAUCGUGCUGAGCCUCGUGGCUCUCAACACCGCCUGCGUGGCCAUCGUCCAUCACAACCAGCCCCAGUGGCUCACGCAUCUUCUCUACUAUGCAGAGUUUUUGUUUCUGGGACUGUUCCUCUUGGAGAUGUCCCUGAAGAUGUAUGGCAUGGGGCCUCGACUUUAUUUUCACUCUUCAUUCAACUGCUUUGAUUUUGGGGUCACAGUGGGGAGUAUCUUUGAAGUGGUCUGGGCAAUCUUCAGACCUGGUACAUCUUUUGGAAUCAGUGUCUUGCGAGCUCUCCGGCUUCUAAGAAUAUUUAAAAUAACCAAGUAUUGGGCCUCUCUGCGAAAUCUGGUGGUCUCCUUGAUGAGUUCUAUGAAGUCUAUCAUCAGUUUGCUCUUCCUCCUCUUCCUCUUCAUCGUUGUCUUUGCUCUCCUAGGAAUGCAGCUGUUCGGAGGCAGGUUUAACUUUAAUGACGGGACUCCUUCGGCAAACUUUGACACCUUCCCUGCAGCCAUCAUGACUGUAUUUCAGAUCCUAACAGGGGAGGACUGGAAUGAGGUGAUGUACAAUGGGAUCCGCUCCCAGGGUGGAGUCAGCUCAGGCAUGUGGUCAGCUAUCUAUUUCAUUGUGCUCACGUUGUUUGGAAACUACACACUGCUGAAUGUGUUCUUGGCCAUUGCUGUGGACAAUCUGGCCAAUGCGCAGGAGCUGACCAAGGAUGAGCAAGAAGAAGAGGAGGCUUUCAACCAGAAACAUGCACUGCAGAAGGCCAAGGAGGUCAGCCCGAUGUCUGCACCCAACAUGCCUUCUAUCGAGAGGGAGCGGAGGCGCCGGCACCACAUGUCGGUGUGGGAGCAGCGCACCAGCCAGCUGCGAAGGCACAUGCAGAUGUCCAGCCAGGAGGCCCUCAAUAAAGAGGAGGCCCCACCAAUGAACCCCCUCAACCCCCUCAACCCGCUGAGCCCCCUCAACCCACUCAAUGCCCACCCCAGCCUCUACCGGAGACCCAGGCCCAUCGAGGGUCUGGGCCUGGGCCUGGAGAAGUGUGAGGAGGAGCGCAUCAGCCGCGGGGGGUCCCUCAAGGGGGAUGGAGGGGACCUGUCGAGUGCCCUGGACAACCAGAGGAGCCCCCUGUCCCUGGGCAAACGGGAGCCACCGUGGCUGGCCCGGCCCUGUCAUGGCCACUGUGACCCGACCCAGCAGGAGGCUGGGGGAGGGGAGACCGUGGUGACCUUCGAGGACCGCGCCAGGCACAGGCAGAGCCAGAGGCGCAGCCGGCACCGUCGCGUCAGGACAGAAGGCAAAGAGCUCUCCUCCACCUCUCGGAGCCGGUCGGCCAGCCAGGAGCGGAGUCUGGAUGAAGGGGUGGCCACCGACGGGGAGAAGGACCGCGAGUCCAGGGGCAGCCACACGGGCAAGGAACCCACAAUCCAGGAAGAGGAGAGAAGCCAAGACUUGAGGAGGACCAACAGUCUCAUGGUGCCCAGAGGCUGCGGGCUGGCAGGAGCCCUCGAUGAGGCCAACACGCCUCUGGUCCAGCCCGAGCCGGAGCUGGAAAUGGGGAAGGACACGGUGCUGACGGAGCAGGAGGCGGAGGGCAGCAGCGAGCAAGCCCUGCUGGGCGAUGUGCAGCUGGAUAUUGGCCGGGCCAUCAGCCAGAGUGAGCCUGACCUCUCCUGCACCACGGCCAACACAGACAAGGCCAACACCGACAGCACCAGCGUCACCGUCGCCAUCCCAGACGUGGGCCCCUUGGUGGACUCAACUGUAGUUCACAUUAGCAACAAGACUGAUGGAGAAGCCAGUCCCUUGAAGGAGGCAGAGAUCAAAGAGGAGGAGGAGGAGGUGGAAAAGAAGCAGCAGAAGAAGGAGAAGCGUGAGACAGGCAAAGCCAUGGUGCCCCACAGCUCCAUGUUCAUCUUCAGCACCACCAACCCGAUCCGCAGGGCCUGCCACUACAUCGUGAGUCUGCGCUACUUUGAGAUGUGCAUUCUCCUGGUGAUCGCGGCCAGCAGCAUCGCCCUGGCAGCUGAGGACCCCGUCCUGACCAACUCCGAGCGCAACAAAGUCCUGAGGUAUUUUGACUAUGUUUUCACUGGCGUGUUCACCUUUGAAAUGGUCAUAAAGAUGAUAGACCAAGGCUUGAUCCUGCAGGACGGGUCUUACUUCCGCGACCUGUGGAACAUCCUGGACUUCGUGGUGGUGGUUGGCGCAUUGGUGGCCUUUGCUUUGGCGAACGCUCUGGGAACAAACAAGGGGCGAGACAUCAAGACCAUCAAAUCUCUGAGGGUCCUCCGAGUUCUGAGGCCUUUGAAGACCAUCAAGCGCUUGCCCAAGCUCAAGGCUGUCUUUGACUGUGUGGUAACCUCCUUAAAGAAUGUCUUCAACAUCCUCAUUGUCUACAAGCUCUUCAUGUUCAUCUUUGCUGUCAUUGCGGUUCAGCUCUUCAAGGGAAAAUUCUUUUAUUGCACAGACAGUUCCAAAGACACAGAGAAGGAGUGCAUAGGCAACUAUGUAGAUCAUGAAAAAAACAAGAUGGAGGUGAAAGGCCGGGAAUGGAAACGCCAUGAAUUCCACUAUGACAACAUUAUCUGGGCCCUGCUGACUCUCUUCACCGUCUCCACAGGAGAAGGAUGGCCUCAAGUCCUACAGCAUUCUGUUGACGUGACAGAGGAAGACCGAGGACCAAGCCGCAGCAACCGUAUGGAGAUGUCCAUCUUUUAUGUGGUCUACUUCGUGGUCUUCCCUUUCUUCUUUGUCAACAUCUUUGUGGCUCUCAUCAUCAUCACCUUCCAGGAGCAAGGGGACAAGAUGAUGGAGGAGUGCAGCCUGGAGAAGAACGAGAGGGCGUGCAUCGACUUCGCCAUCAGCGCCAAACCUCUCACCCGCUACAUGCCGCAGAACAGGCACACAUUCCAGUACCGUGUCUGGCACUUCGUGGUGUCCCCAUCCUUCGAGUACACCAUCAUGGCCAUGAUCGCCUUGAACACCGUCGUGCUGAUGAUGAAGUACUACUCUGCUCCCUGUACCUACGAGCUGGCCCUGAAGUACCUGAAUAUUGCCUUCACCAUGGUGUUUUCCCUGGAGUGUGUCCUAAAAGUCAUCGCGUUCGGCUUCUUGAACUAUUUCCGAGACACCUGGAAUAUCUUUGACUUCAUCACUGUGAUUGGCAGUAUCACAGAAAUCAUUCUGACAGACAGCAAGCUGGUGAACACCAGUGGCUUCAACAUGAGCUUUCUGAAGCUCUUCCGAGCCGCCCGCCUCAUCAAGCUUCUCCGGCAGGGCUACACCAUCCGUAUUUUACUCUGGACCUUCGUGCAGUCCUUUAAGGCCCUCCCCUACGUCUGCCUUUUGAUUGCCAUGCUUUUCUUCAUCUAUGCCAUCAUUGGGAUGCAGGUGUUUGGAAACAUUAAAUUAGAUGAGGAGAGUCACAUCAACCGACACAACAACUUCCGGAGUUUCUUCGGGUCCCUCAUGUUACUCUUCAGGAGUGCCACAGGCGAGGCCUGGCAGGAGAUAAUGCUGUCGUGCCUCGGGGAGAAAGGCUGCGAGCCAGAUACCACCGCGCCUUCGGGGCAGAACGAGAAUGAGCGCUGUGGCACAGAUCUGGCCUACGUUUACUUUGUCUCCUUCAUCUUCUUCUGCUCCUUCUUGAUGCUCAACCUGUUUGUGGCCGUCAUCAUGGACAACUUUGAGUACCUGACUCGGGACUCCUCCAUCUUAGGGCCUCACCACUUGGACGAGUUUGUCCGCGUCUGGGCAGAAUAUGACAGAGCUGCAUGUGGCCGCAUCCAUUACACUGAGAUGUAUGAAAUGCUGACUCUCAUGUCACCACCGCUAGGCCUCGGCAAGAGAUGUCCCUCCAAAGUGGCAUAUAAGAGAUUGGUCCUGAUGAAUAUGCCAGUGGCUGAGGACAUGACGGUCCACUUCACCUCCACACUGAUGGCUCUGAUCCGGACAGCUCUGGACAUCAAGAUCGCCAAAGGUGGUGCAGACAGACAGCAGCUAGACUCGGAGCUACAAAAGGAGACCCUGGCCAUCUGGCCCCACCUGUCCCAGAAGAUGCUAGAUCUGCUUGUGCCCAUGCCCAAAGCCUCGGACUUGACUGUGGGCAAAAUCUAUGCCGCGAUGAUGAUCAUGGACUACUACAAGCAGAGUAAGGUGAAGAAGCAGAGGCAGCAGCUGGAAGAGCAGAAAAAUGCACCCAUGUUCCAGCGCAUGGAGCCCUCAUCUCUGCCUCAGGAGAUCAUUGCUAAUGCCAAAGCCCUGCCCUAUCUCCAGCAAGACCCUGUUUCAGGCCUGAGUGGCCGUAGUGGAUACCCUUCGAUGAGUCCGCUCUCCCCCCAGGAAAUAUUCCAGUUGGCUUGUAUGGACCCAGCCGAUGACGGACAGUUCCAGGAACAGCAGUCUCUGGAGCCAGAGGUUAGUGAAUUAAAAAGCGUGCAGUCCUCUAACCAUGGCAUCUACCUUCCUUCGGACACCCAGGAGCAUACGGGAUCUGGGAGGGCAUCCUCUAUGCCACGCCUGACUGUGGAUCCCCAGGUGGUGACAGAUCCCAGCUCCAUGAGACGCUCAUUUUCUACGAUUCGGGAUAAGCGUUCAAACUCCUCAUGGCUGGAGGAAUUCUCCAUGGAGAGAAGCAGUGAAAACACCUACAAGUCGCGUCGUCGGAGUUACCACUCCUCGCUGAGGCUGUCCGCUCAUCGCCUGAAUUCUGACUCAGGCCACAAGUCUGACACCCAUCGCUCAGGGGGCAGAGAGCGGGGACGGUCGAAAGAGCGAAAGCAUCUUCUCUCUCCCGAUGUCUCCCGCUGCAACUCAGAGGAACGAGGGACCCAGGCCGACUGGGAGUCCCCGGAGCGCCAGCAGUCCAGGUCUCCCAGUGAGGGCAGGUCACAGACCCCCAACAGACCGGGCACAGGUUCCCUGAGUGAAAGCUCCAUCCCCUCCAUCUCUGACACCAGCACCCCAAGACGAAGUCGGCGGCAGCUCCCACCGGUCCCCCCCAAGCCUCGGCCCCUCCUCUCCUACAGCUCCCUUCUGCGCCACACCGGGAGCAUCUCUCCACCAGCGGACGGGAGCGAGGGCGGCUCCCCGCUGGCCUCGCAGGCGCUGGAGAGCACGGAGGCCGGCCUGGUGGAGUCUUCCAGCUGCCGGCACACCCCGCAGGGCCAGCACCCCUCCCCACAGCGCUACAUCUCCGAGCCCUACCUGGCCCUGCACGAAGACUCCCACGCCUCGGACUGCGGCGAGGAGGAGACGCUCACCUUCGAAGCCGCCGUGGCCACCAGCCUGGGCCGCUCCAACACCAUCGGCUCCGCCCCGCCACUGCGGCACAGCUGGCAGAUGCCCAACGGGCACUAUCGGCGGCGGCGGCGUGGGGGGCCCGGGCCGGGCGUCCUGUGUGGGGCUGUCAGCGACCUCCUGAGUGACACGGAAGAAGACGACAAGUGCUAGAGGCCGCUCCCCCUCCGAUGCAUGCUCUUCUCUCACCCGGAGGAAACCAAGACCGAGUUGGGAAGCCAGUGCUGCCCGGGGGGGAGGAGGAGGGAGGAGGAAGACAGAAGGACACCAUGCAUCAUCAGCCAAGAAGAACGGAAGGGACAGAAGGAGAACCCGUGGGACCCGCCCAAUUGCUUUACUUCCCUGUGCAAGAUGGGCCCUGCCCGAAGUUCUGCCUCACUGCUGGGGAAAGGAAAUUCGAGAAUGUGCUGGGGGGUCUUCCCGUGGCAGGAGGGACAAGAGGAUGGCUUGGCUUCCCCUUGCCCCUUCCCACUUUGCUGUCAGCCUUGGAGGGAUGGAGCCGGCCCGUGUCUACACCCAUUGCCCUGAAAAGCCUGGAAAACUUCUGGCUCUUCGCUGGGGAGUCAUGGAGACCCCAGGAGUGGGAUCCCCUCCCUCAGCAGCUCCUGCUGCUUGGCCAGCACCACUGCCAUGGGGGGCAACCACACUAGCAUCUCACGCAUUCCCCCCUCGGGCUCGCUUCCGCCCGAGCGGCGCAGGCUAAGUUCCGGAGCAGUGGACGCCACGGGUCAGAGGCUGGGAGGGAAACGCUGACGUGGAAGAAGGGGUCAGGGUGCUGUGGCAGCAGCAGCAAGGGCUGGUCUGGGUGAGCAAAGCCAUAGUCCAGCAGCCCAGACCCCUGGAUCGAGGCUCAAAGAGAUGGAGAUGAGGGUUGCUGGGAGGGUCAGCGCGGUCUCUGAGGUCUGUAGGCUACUCAGUAGGUGCAGUGUUGGGCCGGGGAGGUCCCUCGGGCUUCGCUGAGGCGCCCGAGGCUCCAGGAAGGGGAUAUUUUAAAAGCAUUUAACAACGCCUGUGGCCAGAACACCUGUCAGUGUGAGUGGAAGUCCAAGUUUUCUGCUGGAGCCCCGUGCUCUGCCAGGCCUUAGCCCUGCCAGUGCUGGUCACAAGGGAUCCUGCGGGUGGGGGAAGUGCAGUGGGGGGCACUUAGGCAAGGCAGAUGCUGUUUUCCAACCAGCAGAGAAGGAUGUGGAACAGUCCUCAAGCUGUAUCAGCACAUAGGGCCGAAUGUCAACCUAGAUACUGGUCCAGGAGGCAGCAGGCCUUUCUGCCAGGCAGCAAGGCCCCGAGCCAGAGGUCCAGCCUUCCCUGCUCCCCCCCCCCCCCGAAGAGGCAGUACACAUGCACCCAAGGUGGUCCUUACGUCGCCUAGUAGAGACUUCUAGAGAGGAAAGGCAGGCACAUCGAAAUGUGAAACUUCCAUGAGAAAGUCAGUCUGAGUGUGCAGAGGACCUGGCGGGAGGGACCCCUCCGCAGCUAGUUUAAGUGAAGGUCAGUUCAUCCUGAGACUUUGAAGGUGAUGAGUAAAUAUACCUCAGCUGAGACCUGGGCUGCUCCUCCCAGCAACAUAGACUCUGAUGGGGCCUCAUCACCCAAUGUCCUGAGCCCGGGGUCCCCGUGGCGCUGAAUAUCUCCAGAGGCCCAGACUAGGCUUUUCCUCUUCCCAGAGUAAGAGCUGGGCAGAAGACAGCCUGAGGCCACUGUGUCAUUCUUCACCCCCCAAACUCAGAAGCACGGAGAAAGAGCCUUUCUUGGCUAAUCAGUCCUCGUCUUGUAUAGACUGUCCAUUUGGGGAGGCAUACCACUCCCUCUCUCGGGUGGAAAGGUACCAACCCCUCACCUUCGUUCCUGGGUCUCCUCCCAGGGGCUGGAAGGACCCGCUGGAGAAAGAUGCCAGGCAGGCCUUCCCCUUCACAGCCCUGAGCAGGCCCCAGCCCCGGGCCUGAGGUCACCAUGGGGCCUGAGGUCACCAUGACGAAACCCUCUCUCUGUUCUCUUCCAACCACGACAGACUUCUCCUCUGGGCAAUGAGAGGGGAGUGGCUGUUAUUUUUCUUAGAAGGAGCCUCUUUUUACUUCUGAAGUUUUGGGUUUGUUUUGGUCAAAAAUAGAACUAAGGCAUAGUCGCAUCAACCCUGAAAAGCCAAAUCUAACCGGGGGGCUGCAGAAUCAUUGCCCAUGGCCUGGCCUUCUCUUCUAGAUAUGGAUGGAGGCUCGGGCCCCACAGGCAGCCCCCACAGCAAACUGGUCUCUGGGCAGGAGACGACAGAGGCAGAACAGCAGCCUUCUCCUCUCAGACUGUCCAUUCCCUGCCCUCUCCCGCUCACCAUGUGCCCGUGACUAUGGGCCGGACCGGUGUGCCCUUUACAUAAGACUCAGACGCUGGGCCUUGUAUUGUUUUAAAGGUUUCCUCUGACCAGUGUCAUUUCAUGCCAAAGUGCGGCAGUGGGCUGUUUUCUGUGCACAAAAUUGUUUUCCUCCCCCCUCAGAAAUGCAGCUUUCCCUGGGGCCAGGCCUCCACCAGGACAGCCGCUUGGAGUCAGACAGCCUAUUGCCCUGUGGUGUGAGAACAGGAACGGAAGGGAUCUCCUCACACUGUCUCAACAGGAGGAGGCGUUUAGCCUGGCAGAGCAAGGACCAGAAAUGGGACUUGCUUAUAAACCACAUUAUGAACACUAAAAUCCCUGUGCCAGGAACCCUUCCUGGACCCCUGAGCUCCUUAAACUCCUGUACACAAGAGCCCGGGGGUCUCAGAUGCCAUGGUGUGCAGCCCUGCAGAGACAGUCCCCCCAGCCAACUGCUGGGGUGUUUCUAGAACCAGUGAACUUAGGAAUCCUCACUGAAUUUCCCCUGACCAAGAAACUGGGUUUCUUUUCCCUUAGCCUGCAUUUACCAUUCUAGUAAGACCAAAAAGCAAAAGACAGUUUUCUGUUACAUCACGGAACUCAGUAUCAUAAUCUUCUGUUUCCUUCCACCUCUUAAUAAAGCUGAUCUUUCCCUUUCCCUCUAAUAGCUGACCAGGACAUCUUUUCCCUACGUGUCAGAUGCUGCCUCUUCUCUCUCCCUGGAAAAGAGGCCCCCUGAGAUCUGAAUACCCGUGCUUCUCUUGGAUUAGAAAGUAUGGCAGCAUCUCAAGAAAUGCCAAGGAAAAUGGAAACCAUUAGAGAUACACAGUAUGAGCAAACUUGAAUACCACAGGUCCACUCGGAAGAAUGGUUAGCUCUACGGCCAGCUUCCUUUGCUAAUGUUAAGUCUUUGACAUCCCCUCCAAAGAGGGAGAGAUGGGGGGAAAGAAACCAAGGUAGAGAGAUGUUCUAACUAGGUCUCUGUUUAGAUACUCCUUUCUUCACUUCCAGACUUCUGGUAUCUCCCUCUCUCAAUCCCCAUGAGGGCAGAGUGCCAACAGGCUUUCAGACACAGCGGUAGAGCUUUAGGCAAGAGACUCUGCGAGCCAAAGUCAGGAUAGAAUUAUCUACACUAUGAAGAGAUGGUACCUUUGAGCAUCUCCCCACCUUCUGCCCCACCAGGGUUGACAUAAGCCAUGAACACGACUGCCCAAAAUGGGUCUGUCCACUCUUCUAGCUGAAGAAUAUUUCUACUCUGGGCUUCACUUCCCCCACUUGACAUCCCUAUGGGGUACUGAGAUCACUGAUAACAUUUCUCUGAAGCUGAAAUCCAGAUGUUCUGGAUUAGACCAUCUCUUGACUCUGGGACCACAAAAAGCCCCAUAUUCCACCAUUCAGCCAAUGUCUGCUUUCCAUACACACACCCAUCUCUCCUCUGGCCUUUGUGAUGAGCCUCAGGGGCUUCUGCCUUCUGUUCUCUCAUCCCAGCCCUUGUUUUGCUGCAUUGACUUCCCUCCUGAGAUGUUUUAAAUCCACCCAGUCCAAGCUUAUUUGCUGAUCUGCCUGCCUCUGCUGGUGGGGAACACAUCAUUCUCUUAAAAAUAGCUGGGAACUCACCAGUAAUAUUCACAAAGUGAUCGGAAACAGUAUCAGGUGAAGUACUAUCUCAGUGAGUGGGGCGUAGGAAAUGUCUGCAUACUCUGUGAAAGCCCACUUCAGGGGAAUUAGGUCUCUCCUGGCUUAAUGGAACAGAAUUUAAUAAUUGUGGGUUUUUUAAAAGAAAGUUCUCAGUUUUCCAUUACAUCCUAUUUCCGAAGCCUGAUCUGAGUGUCUCAUUUUUGAACAGAGUAUUCGUUCAGUGGGUUGAGCCAGGAGUAAGACGGCAUUCUUUAAUUUCUCAGCCUAGCUAUAAUAAAUAUGAUGAGCUUGUAAUACAAAAAGGCAUAUGUGUAAUGGGCAGGAAGCCAAUGAUCAUCUACUUUGCUGGGAUUUUGUGAGACUUGCAGGUUAAGGAAUUUUUACCCUAUUUUUAUCAUUUGCAUGUUUGCUAUGUUUUGAGUCCCUCAAAGGCCUGGUGCCAGUGUGCACAGAGUCCCGGUGAGGAGAGGCAUUUCCAUGCCCUUGGCUAGCCUCUUUCUCACCAGAUUCUCCCUUCCUGUCCAUUCUUCCUUCCUGGAUUCCCAGACACUGACCCCUGUCCAAGAGGUGCAGGUGAGGCAAGAAAAGAGAGAAGUGGGCCCCCUGCACGUGGCCAGUCAGAGCAUGAUGGUUUAACUCCAGACAGGGACCCCCUGAGGAACCAGGUCCAGGUUUGGAUAAAGAGCUCUCCACAUGGAGACUCUUAUUUUAACAAAAGGAACACAGAAUUAACUCAGGACGUAGGACCUAACCUUGGCAUGAUGUUAUCAGAAGAGAGGCCACCUUAAUGAGCGCCGCCUGUACCCACAGCUCUUUCUGAUUUUUGUUCUUUCUUUGGUGAACCGCCCUGUGGACUGUAGCCUUUUACUCUAACAGAGGUCCAGCUGCUGACUUUGCUGGUUGCAGCCCCGGGCUCAGCUGCAGCCAUGCUGGGGUGAUCUGUCAGUCAUCACGGGCUGUCUGUCACUCAGUCAGUCAGAAGAACACAGACGUAUCCCUGGGGUGGGAUUGGGAUGUGACAAAAGACUAGGAAUAGAAAACGCUGUCUUUGGAUUCUGAUAGCUGUAUUUUUCUUACCUUAAAUCCUUUCUGCUUUGACCCUCUGAGGUUAGGCAUCCUGGGGAAAUCAUGCCAAGCCAAAGAUAACAGAUUCAUAGAUUGUCCCUACCGACACAAAGGGCCUGGAAAACUUCCCUUAACAAAACUCAAGUCAGUUGGUUGAGAAAUUUGAAUGAGACUCACAGCAGAAGCAAGUGGACGGCUGGGCGAUCUCCAAACUGCCCUUCUGUUUCGGUCGUCAUUUUCCUUCCAAUCUCUUCCAUCGUGCUAAAAUAAAGAAAUAAAGAGUUAAAUAAUUAAAAUUUUUUUAAAUGGGUGUGGGGGUGGUCCUAGCAACUCAACCUUCUGAAUGCAAAAAUAUUUUAUAAUAAGCCAUGCCACUAUGUAAAUACAGGAUUGAGGUUCGAAUUCUUAUUUCUGGGAGUAUGAAAGAGUUGAGAAGAUCUGGUUUUUAAAAAAUGGUAAGGGGAAUCUAUGUUUAUUUUUAUUUGUGAUCUUUUUGUUUGGAUGUUUUUGUAACAGACCCACUCUAAAAUAGCAAUGAAGGAUAAAUGUGUGCUCUGCAGUGUUACUGAAUCACCUUCUAAUUAACUUUCAUCAAAAUUAAUCUAUUUGAGUCAAAAUUCUGACGUGAUAUGGUAACAAUUCCAUCUUCUCCCUCUGGUAGUUUUUGGUUUGUUUUUGUUUUGUUUUGGUUUGGUUUGGUUUGGUUUUGUCUUUCUUCUUCUAAGUCAGCCUCUGUCUCUUGUUUCUAAGCACUUAAAAUAUAACUUAGAUUAACAUAAUGCAGUCUGAAAACUUAAGUGAAAGCCAAGGAAAUAAUAGAAUGGGUAUAGAUUUUUUUCUGGGUAUCUUUAACCAAUAAAUACAAAGUUUAUGUCUCAAGAAGAUAUAAUUUUCAAGAGCAUGGUGAUCUGAUAACUGAAAAUCAUUGGGAGUAAAAAAUAAUUCUAUCCCAGCCUUCUGUACUUGUGCCUUUGGCAAGGUAUUACAUCUGUGUGCUUUAUUUCCCUUAUUAGGAAAGCUGACUUACUAAUGCUUGGCUAAUUCAUGGGUGUGUCAAGUGUUUAUAAAUCAAUUAGUAUCACAUCGUGCUCGCUUCGGCAGCACAUAUACUAAAUCAAUUAGUAUCACAUCAUUUAACGUACUUAGACUCCACAAAUCGUCUUAGAAAGAUCUCCUCUCCUUAUAUCCCACUAAGGACCUAUGAAAUUCUUGGCAUUGCUAUACACAUUCCAUUUUGGGAGAGAAACUUCAUGUCUAAUGGAACCUGAAUCCCAGAUAUGCUUUAAUUUCAACUGCUAUUGUUCCCAUUUUCCCCUUCCGCUUCUUUUUUGCUAAUUAAAAAAAGAUCAAGUUGUUUUUUUUUUCUUAAAUGCAGGAAAGAAGUUGCGUUUUCAUGAUCAAAGCUCCUGGUAUCUUUUUGUGAACACUUAUGCCAGUCUUAGAUCAAAUAACCAUUCUCUAAUGCCUGGGAUCCUCACGAAGAUCUCUUUCCCACCCCAGCAUUGAAAUAGGAGUCUUUUCUGUCUCUCUUUGCUCUACCAGUUUGUCAGAAAGAAGGGAUUGCUCUCUCCAUUCUGGAACCAGAUCUGUAGAAUCUGUACCAGGUACUACCACUUCCUCCUCAGUUCACUCAGAGGUAGGCCCCCAAAUUGAAAGGGUACUAAAUCACAGCUGCCAAAUCCAAAUUUGACCUUAUCUGGUGACUCAAUUUUCUUUACAGUAGUCUGAUUUCCUAUAGUGAUGGCCUGUACCACACAGGAACCUACUGCCCAAGGGAAGUCUUUUAGAAAUCCAUAUAAGGGAUGUGCAGGAAAAACACACUCCAAAAUUUCAAAGUGCCAUUAAACCAAUUUUUAAAAAAAAUAAGGGUAAUAUGAAUUGAGGGCUAAACAAUGUAAUCUAACUGCCAAUUAAAGUAUACAGUAGUUCUGGUCUUAGCUACAUUUGAUAUGGAAUUAUAUCACAUUAAGCAGAUCCCAGCAGAUUUAGUAAAAACAUAGGCAUUCAAUUUUAACGGCUACCAAUGGGGAUAUAUACUUAGCCUGCAGGCCAAACUUCAAUCAGUGUUUUUCUAUCCUGGUGUUUUGUGAACAAGCCAAAAUUUAUACAAAGCCACCCUAAGUGCUGCAAUUACAGAGGAACCCCCCUCUUGGUGAUAUCAGAGAACAGUCCAAUUCCACUCAAAUUGAGUCCAAAAUUUGGAACUUGUCCAGAAAAAACAAAUGGAGGAGAAAAAUCUGAUGCACCAAGUCGACUUGGCAUUUUUGUAGCUAGGACAAUGUGGGCAGAGGCUAGGAAGACAAGCUAUAGAACAAAGACAAAGUUGAGGUGGAAAACAUCAGCUAGUCCCAGGAAACGAAGCUCUAUGACUCGAGAUAGUCUCUUACACUCGAUCAUGGAUAUACUCGUUAGCAUGAUACUGGAUUCAGAACAGUUCUUCCUGCUAAGCUCACCAAAGGCAGUGGAUUUGAAGGCUUCAGAGGAUUAAUAGAGCCCUGAACAAAUUUUCCAGACCUGGGAGAUGGAGAGAAAGGAAGUUCAUGCUUUAAAGCAGCCUGAAGACAAUCUCUGUGACUCUAGCAACUCUUCAAUAUAGUAGUGCUAAUAAUGGAGAGAUUUCACUGGUCUUCCUGGUAGUACAAGUGCCACGGGAGGGGAGAGGGGUGGUGAGUGGGACAGACGAUGAGCUUUAACAGGAAGAGAUUUCAAACUAUGAAGGGUGCACCGGUACUAGUCUCAAAGGAUAUCAUUGCAAAAGUGUAAACCAACAGGUGUCCAGGCCAUGCCCUCUGUCCUUUGGGACCUAAGGUCAGGCCAUUCCCACCUUGAUUUUACUCUUAGAGGAGGAGCGUGUAAGAUGGGAUCAAGAGGGAAAUUGGGUGCUCUGCUUUAGGCUGUUAAAAAUGUCACCUGCAUUACAAAACACAUGUGAGUCAAGACGCUUGAGACACUUCCUCAUAGGCAGCAUCCACUGUGGGGUGCAACCUGACACCCCUUCAGGAAUAGUGUUUAAAUGGCAGCCAGUGCUGGCCUGCCCAGAGUAUCGGUGCAUCUUUCCUAAAGCCAGAGUUCAGCACUGCAUGUUGACCAGGUGGAUAUCCUGUAAUAUAAAUGCUCGUUUGGAUCCAAAAGGAAAAUUAUUAAAAAUAAAAGAAAGAUGAACAACUUUAAUGUUUUUUGGGGAGGGGUGGUCAAAGAAAAGAAUAAAUAAAACCUUGUUGUAAAGAAUUAA